CAAGAUGGCGGGCCGGGGCUGAGGCGGGGCGAUGGAGCUCGAGCUCGAUGGGGCCCGGCCCGGGGGCCGCGCGGACGCCGGAUCGCCGGACGACGACGACGAGGAGGAGGAGGAGCGCGCCGGGGAAAGCUGGGACAGCGGCUCGGGCUCCUCCUCGGCGGGGACCGACGAGGAGGAGGAGGAGGAGGACGGCCCGGAGCCCGAGUGGACGAGCAGCGUGCGGGGGGACGGCGAGCUCUUCUACGUGGAGCUGAGCGGCGGCGAGGCCGAGAGCCCAGAAGCCUCCGCGGCCGAGCGUCUGCCCUCCCCCGGGGCCGCGGCCCGGGGCCUCGGCGGGGCAGCCGGCGGCGGCGGAGGGAGACCCCGCGGCCCCCUGCGCCGCUGGGCCCGAAUCUUCGGGCCCAAGAGCCCCCCGCCGACCCCGGGAGGGGCCGCCCGGCCCCCCGGGAGGGACGUCCACGUCGUCCUGGACGUCGGGGGGCCCGCCGGGCCCGGGGCCGCGCUGGGGCUCCUGGAGGGGCUGGCGGGGGCGACCCUGCGGCCCCGGGGGGCCGGGGGGCCGCAGGGUCGGGGAGCCCGGCUGGCGGUCCGGGGCCUCCUUCCCGGGCGUCCGGCCGGGAGAAGCCCGCAGGUCCUCGUCGGCGACGUUCUCGUCUCCGUAAACGACGUCGACGUCGACUCGGAGAACUUCGAGCGGAUUCUGUCUCACCUCCCCAGACCGACGCAGGUGAAGCUGACCUUCGAGACGCCCGCCCCGGGGCCCGGGGAGAAGAUCCCGGAAAAGGAGAGGGCAGCCCGGCGGCCCGCGGCGGCGGGGGGAGGAGAGGCGCGGGACGGAGCCGUCCUCCUCACCGCCCCCCACGUCGUCAUGUACCUCGCCCUUCAGCCGGGCUCGGACGCGGCCGGAGAGGAGCAAGAGAUCCUCUACCGCUACCCAGACGCCGAAGCGUCUCAGAAACUCAAAAGUGUCCGGGGGAUAUUCCUCACCCUCUCCGACAUGCUGGAAAACGUCACCCGGACGCCCGUUACCAGCUCAUCCCUGAUCUUAAGCGGGAAAUUAGUCCACGUGACCUACUGGAAGGAGUCUGGAAGAUUACUGAUCAUCGCCCUCCCGGACGAAAACGCGUCUCUCCCUCAGCUGAAGAACAUGAUGAACGCCGUGGUCCGGACCUUGCAGUUCAUGUACGGCUCUCUGGACAGCGCCUUCCGCCCCGAGGGGAACGCCCCGAGCCUGGACCGCCUGUUCCGCCUGUUCUUCCGGGGAGCCGUCCUCCCGGCCGGCGCCGGCCCGGCCCUGCUCGACCACCUGCCCGGGGCCCACUGGGUCCCCGUGCCACGGGAAGCCAAGGUGGAGAUCGACACGGAGCUGAGCGAGCUGGAGGCGGCUGAUUUCGGGGAGCUGUCCGAGGAUUAUUACGGCACGAGGCGGCUCUACGCGAUAACGGGAUCCUCCCUCUUUUACAAGGGCUACUUGAUAGGCAGCCACCUGCCCCGGGAAGAUCUGGUGGCCGUGGCCGGCUACUGUCGUCUGCUCGGCCUCCUCUCCCUGUCGGCCUCGCGGAGGAUCGGCCGGCUGGUCGUCUGGAGGGAGAUCUUCCGGCCCCGCCGCCUCCCGGACGCGGCCGCCGCCUCCCCGGAGCCCGAGCCCCGGCGCUUCUUACUGGCCGUCGGCCUGGACCAUCUCUUGCUGUGCGUGGUGCUGGAGGCGGGGGGCCGCGGCCCCGGCGGGACCCCCGGGCCCGACCCCGUCUACGUGGAGCAGGCCCGGGCCAGCCUGAGGCGGCUGAGACGACUGGCGGCCCGCGGCGGGGACCGGCCGGCCGCGGGGCCCUCCUCGGCCCCCGGCCCCGGCGGGACGCCGCCCAAGGGCGGAAGAAAGAAACCCCCGCUCCCAAACCCCUUCCAGCCGGCAACGCAGAAGAAGGUCCCUCCGGAAGGGGAAACGGAAUUCCCCGGAACGACGAGGAUCUCCUCGGACCUCCUCCUCUCCGCCUCGCCGAGGCUGAGCUCCGGCCCCGAGGACGCCGUCUUCCACUACGUUUUGCUGGAGACGGCGCGAGGCGUGUUCGUCGCCCCAACGUCGGAGGACACGGCCCAUCUGGGAAGCGCCGUCACCCCCCGGCUGAUAACAGCUUUUUCCCGGUGCAGCCUCAUCAUCCGCUCCCUUUUCCAGGAGUCCCUGCGGCGGCAGGAGACGCGGGCCGGGGACGCCGGGCCGGACGCGGUGCGGGAGCACGGGGUGCUGUUCGACCUUGGGCCCGCAGACCGGCGCGAGCGGAGGAAACCGGCCCCCGCGACGUCUUACUGGGUCGUCGGGAGGCUCCUAAGGCACCCCGAACCCCAGGAACUCUACGUCUGCUUUCACGAGUCGGUCCCCGAAAUUGCGGUGGAGCUGGCCUUUAAACUGUCCUUCGGGUUGACGCUGUAGGGGUCCGGCCCGGACCCUCAACCCCGCUCUGGAAACGCUCGAAACCCCGGCCCGUCCGGCGGCGGCUCCGUCCAGAGCCCCGCGGGUCCUCUCUCUCCGUUGUCCGUUCCAAGCGCUCGGUCCGGUGCCCUGCGCGUAGCGAGCGCUCAAUAAAUACUCUUGAAUGAA